AUGUCUUCAAAUGUGAAUAUAAGUUUAAAUAUGAAUGGAAAUAAUAUAAAAUUAAUAAAUGUCUCAUCAAUUGAAAUAAAUUUGUUAUAUAUUAUUGGAAUAAGUGGAAUAUUAAUAAAUAUGUUAACAAUGAUAUAUUUAUUAAUAAUAGCAGCAUAUAAAAUGAAAUCAUCAUGUUUUUUAUUUCAUCAUUGUAUUAUUUGUUUAAUAUUAUCAAUAUUAUCAAUUCCAUAUAUAUUAAGUUUUUCAAAUUAUUCAAUUCCAUGUCAUUAUUUAGGAAAUAUUCAAGUUACUUGUGUUACAGCUCAAUUAUUAAAUAUGGCUGCUAUGGUUGCUAAUGAAGCAUAUACAUUUGAAGAUCUUAUUCAUCAAGAUUUAUCAUUAGAUUUAUAUACAAAUAAUUCUCAUUCUCAUUCACAUUCACAUUCACAUUCACAUUCACAAUCUUAUCAAUAUCAAUUAAAACAAUCAAAUAAAUCAACAAUAUCAUGUGGUUGUCUUUCUUUUGGAAUUUUAAUUAUUUGGUUUUCUUCUGUUAUACUUCAUUUAGGUAUAACAAUGAUUGGUAGUGAAUCGAAAUCUUAUUUUGAUAAUAAUGGUCAAUAUUGUAAUUUUAUUAUUCGAGAUAUUCGUGGUUAUGUUUUAACAUUAAUGUGGAUAAUAAUAACAAUAUUUUCAUUAAUGAUAACAAUAAGAUAUAUACAUAAAAUCUUAAGUGAAGUAUCAUCAAAACGUCGACAUAAUCAACCAUUAUUAUCAUUAGCUAUAAUUGGUCAAUAUCAUGCCAAAUCCAUUGCAACACGAGAUAUACUUAUGCAACAAAUUCAAUUAAGAAUUAAACUUAAUAUAUUACUUAUUUUUCUUUUUAUUAUUUUUUGGUUUCCAUUAUUUAUUGUUACUUUAUGUGACAUUAAAUUCAAAAUACAUGAACAAAUAUUAAGGUAUUUAUUGUUAUUAGCAUGGUCUAAUUCUUCGAUAUCUCCAUUAACCUAUUGCUUAUUAUUAUCAAAAUGUAAUAAUAAUCCAUUAAGAAUAUGUUGUAAAAAAGAUCGUCGAACAACAUAUGAUUCAUUAACAUCAUAUUAUAAUAGAAUAGGUGAUAGAUUUCAUGAUAUUGGAAAAUGGGAUCAAUAUGAUAAUAAAACAAAAAAAAAUUCAAAUAUAAAUAAUAAUAAAACAAGAAAAAUGUCAAAUAUAAAUGAUAAUGAUAUUGAAGAAUUAAAUGAAAAUAAUAUUCAAAUAAAAAAUUGUUUAGAGAGAAAAGAUAAAUUAAAUGAUAUAUCAUAUAAUUAUUCAAAUUAUUCAGAUCAAUAUCAUUCGAAAACAAAUUCACUUAUUGUUAAAGAAAUUUCAAAUCCAAAUUAUGAUGAUACAUCAUCAUUAUCAUCAUUAACAACAGUUACUAAUAAAGGACAUCAAACAUCGAAUGGAUUAAUUGUAACUAGUAGCAAACACGUCCAUUUGUGA